AUGCAAAACACGGAUAAUCCCCAAGACGAUGCCGUUGCAACCACACCGGUAGCUACUAUCAACCACACCGAUCAUCAAGACGAAGCCGUGAAUCCCCAUGAACAGUCCGAUGGCUCCAUAAGUAUUGGCUUUUUGAUGAGAGCUCAAGAAGCGCCACAACAACAAUCCGAGUCGGAGGAUCACACUGACAUUGAAAGCCAGGGCUGCAUGUUAUCCGAAGACGAAGACGAAGACGAAGAGGAUUCGGAUGACGAAGCGGAUCGGCCGACAAACGAAUCAAGCCGUGUUUUGCAGGAAGGAGUGUCCAAGGAAGGAGGAUCCGAUGGCGACAACGACGUAGAAAGCCAGUGCGGCCUGCUAUCGGCCGACGAAGAUGACUCCGAGGCAACUGAGACAUCUGGCCUCCUCCAAGUGAGUCUCCACUCGCGGCGCUCUCAGUUUAGUCGACAAUCCUUGGACAUGAACGACGACAGUUUCAACAUAGAUAAUGAGGAAGAGCGUGACCCAGGAGUGAUGGCAGACGUCCCUCUCAUGGACGAGAAAGAAAUGGAAAUCGGCAAAAAAGGAACGGAUGAAGACUCUGAUGAAGCGGAGGACCAAGAUAACCAGUCGGUCAUGAGUGAUAGCGAACAGGAUGACAUGUCUACCGUUGACCUUGACCAGCAGAAAGAGGAAGAAAUAAAGCACUCAAUGAUGUAUGGUAUCUUGAGUGCAACCGGAAUGAUGCUUAUUGGCAAAUUCAUCACCUUUGUCGUCAAGUUAUGCAAAAGAAUGAAUUCUAGUUCUGACGAUGCAACAUCAGCCAAUGACAACUUGC